CGUCGCGUAGACCGUCCAUGGCGGCCAGGCCUGCCGCCGGUCCAGGCGGCGCGGCUGCCGCUGGGGCCAUCGAGUCGGCCUCCCGCGCCGAAUUCGCCAUGCUCGUGCAGGGCACCGAAGACACAGCGCACUGGCUCGCCGACCUGCUUCGCGCCGAGCGACUGCUGGUCGAGGUCGUGUCCGUGCGUCGCAACACCCAGUGGCUCCUGCUCGUGCGAAUCAAGCCCGAGGACGCCCCGGCGGUCGCGGAGAAGGUGGGAGUCUUCAAGAUGCACCGAACGGGCUCCGAGAAGCCGUUCGCGCUGGAGCACUGGCGCGACUUCGGGCGCGGCGAAGAGGCCCACCCGGAGGAGCUCUUCUCGCUCGCCGAGCGCCAGGAGAUCGUGCAGAACGUCAUCGAGGCCAUCCGCGCCGAGCAGCUCACCGAGGUGGUGGGACUCGAGCAGCGCUGCGUGCUCGUCCACCCGGGCCAGAGCGUGUUCGCCGUCUGCCAGCGGGCGGGCGUCGUGGUGACGCUGUUCCCGCCGCACGACUACGAGAUGCUGGGCGCCAUACGGCGCCAGUGGUUCUCGCACCUCACCAUACCGGUGCACAUGAUCAAGGUGUACUUCGGCAUCCGCAUCGCCUUCUACUACGCCUUCCUCAGCUUCUACACCUGGUCACUCAUGGUGCCGAUGACGGUCGGCGUGCUCGUGAUGGUGCACAGGGACUCCCUCACGUGGCGCAUCGCGGGCGUCCUCUUCAACCUGCUGUGGAACACGGUCAUCCUCGAGGUGUGGCGCAAGCGGGCCGACCACCUGUCCUGCUUCUGGGGCCUGCACGAGCACGUGGCGCCGCUCAAGAACCGGCUGCUCUUCGCCUACGGCGAAAACAUGCUCGCCCAGAGGGCAUUCCGCAUUCUCAUCUCGCAGGUGGUGGUGCUGUUCUGCGUAAUGCUGUGCGUCCUGCAGCAGUACCAGUACUUGACGGUUGAGGCGUACGUGACCGGCGCGUUCCCGAGCUCAGCGCUCACCGACGCCGUGGCGCGCGUCAUUCCGGGCGUGCUAAACGCGCUGGUGGGCAUGGCCUUCUCGGACGUGUAUCGGGCGCUGGGCCAGCGGUUGACUGAGUGGGAGAACCACCAGACGCAGGCCGAGUACCUGCAGCACCUCACCUACAAGCUCAUCGUAUUCGACUUCUUCGGGCGCUUCGGAAGCCUCUUCUACACCGCCUUCUACCUACAGGACAUCCAGCUGCUACGCAAGCAGGUCUACAUCCAGCUCGUGCUGUCCUUCACCAAGGACAACCUGGUCGAGACCGUCAUGCCGCGGGCGCUGCGUCACUUCAGCUGCCUGGUGCGCCACAUGAUGCGACGCGAAUCCACCUACCUCCCGGGUGUGCACAGCAUCCUCAGCGAGGCGGACCUGGUCAAGUACACGAGCACGUACGUCGACUACUACAAGAUGUUCUCCCAGUUCGCGUUCGUCUUCCUCUUCGGGCCCGUCGUGCCGCUGGCGCCGCUCAUCGCCUUCUUCGGCAACCUGAUGGAGAUGCUCGUCGUCGGCUACAAGCUGACCGUGGUCUUCCAGAGGCCCCUGAAGAUUGGCCACGAGGGCAUCGGCAUCUGGGAGCCCGCGUUCCGGGCCAUAGGCUUCCUGGCCGUGCCGUCCAACAUCGCGCUCAUCUGCGUCGAGAACCCGGACUCCCUGAACGCCCUCUCCAGGCUCUUCACGGACACGGAGUUUGUGCUCUUUCUGGUCGGCAUCGAGCACGCCGUCUUGCUGCUCAAAUUGACGCUGCAGUACGCGCUGCGCUCGGAAGUUAACUGCCCGCACUACUCUCCGGCCGUGGUCUCGUGAUGUGGGGCCUUUUUUUUUAUUAUUAUUUUUUUGCCGCCAGUCGAGACAGCAGAGCGAAAUUGAAUUUCGUGAUACUCGUGUUUCGUCUGUUUUGUUUCCAUUGCAAGUAUGCGGAUAGCAGAAAGCAGUAAUAUACGUUACUUUUUAGUCGCGGAAUAAAAGGAAAGAUUCUGUAUGUU